CUAAUCACAGCGGUAAUCAAACGGUCACACUGGCCGACAACAAAAUAAAAAAAAUAAAAACGAAUAAAACCGAUUCUUAAGCGAAAUAACGAUAAUGACGAAGGCCUAGCGAGCCCAUUUGGACACAAAUUGCACGCACAGGCGGAUAGCCAACCGAGACACGAACGAGGAACGAGAAACGGCAUUUGGAGACCCUGGAUCAGAGCUGUGCCGAGGAGGUGCUGGGUGUAGGUGGUGGAGGAGCGCUGCGGAGCGAGGAGAGCGGGAGCAACAAUGACGAUGACCGCCUCGGAUAAAUACACGUACCAGCGUACGGUCCUGUGCCUGGCCCGCGUCCUGGCCGGAAUCCAGCCGACGCCCUGGGAGAAGGUUCAGACCCUUUUCCGGUACUGCCCACAGGAAAAUGCGGCCGGUGUCUUUUGCUUGGACACCCGGGCUCAGGAUGCGGUGAUUGCUUUGGGCAUUUACUUCCUGGAAGGUGGCUGCCAGCACGAAUCCCAGAUCGUGCCCUAUUUGCUGCGUCUGGCCAAAUGUUUGCCGAAGGCCGUCUGGAUCGAUGAUGCCCGAAGCAGCAAAAUUGAGCGCAUUCGCAUUCCCUCGGCGGAGAAGUUCAGCUUCUGUCUGAACACCCUGCUCUCGGAUAUAGCUGCCAAGUGCCCCGAUUCCCGCGAGGAGAUCAUUCUCAAUCAGGUGGAGACCCUCGGUGCCCUGGCCAACAUUGUCAAGUCCAGCAGGGAUAGCAGCUCGGCACCGCCACCGAUAAUAUUGUGCAAGGCAACGGUGCCGCUGCUCUUUGGCUUGGCGCGAUCGAUGGGUCGUUAUGCCGGCAACGAUCCACCGCUGCUGUGCCGCAUCUUUCCGCCGGAGCUGCUGCCCAUCCAACGCGGAUGGGGUCGCGACGGCAAUGGUGGCUCAAGCAGCAGUGCCAGCGGCACCUGUGGCGGUUCCUUUAGCAGCAGUGAACGCCUGGCGGCCACACACCAAUUCCGACCCAUAAUACCCCGCUCGAUGUCCGGGAGCCUGGCGCAGGCGCAGGCGCAUGACGAUGCACGUCAUCGGUACACCGCGGGCAAGCACAAGCCGUCGCUGCACAGCUACUUCUCAGUGCCGUACGAUCCGCGGACGCAUUUCUUCACGCGCUACGGCUCCAGCUUUAACCAGUUCCCCAAUAUGCGUGUCUGCGAGUCGCCCACGAAGGCCGGCCCCGGUCCCCGAGCCAUGUACCGUGUGCCCCCGUUUCCCAUCCAGCAUCUGCAGACCAUAUUCGCCGUAUCCAAGAAGCUGCUCACCAAGGACACGCUGGAGCACUUGGACGAGCAGGCCAGCGAUAUCUUCUCGCUGCACCAAAUCAAGGGCUACUGCUACAAGAGCUUCUCGGAGACACUGAACCUGGUGCUGGUCACCCUGCUGCGCGAGUUGUUGCAGCAUCAGGUGGACCUGCCAACACCGUUCACCAAGGAUGUCCAGGAGUUCGUCAAGCGGCUGUUUCUCAACGGGCAGACGGAGCUGCAGAACAAGCAGCAGGAUCAGGAGCGAGAGCGACGCGAGGAGAACGGCAUUGCGGUGGUCAACAAGUACAAGGUCAAUGUGAUGGCCAACGCGGCUUGUGUGGACCUUCUGGUCUGGGCCAUACGCGAUGAGACGGUUGACGUCGACUAUAAUGUGCCAUCCCUGCAGAAUGGCUUGCAAUUUUUAUUGAAGAAAGAGGCGGACAAGCUGUGCGGCCGGCUCUCCCAGAAGCUCAACCUGGUGCUCAGCCACAAGAUCGUGAUGGAUCACAUGCCGCUGCUGAUGGUCUGCCUGGAGGGGCUGGGCAAGCUGGCCCAGAAGUUCCCCAACAUAGCGGGCACCUCGAUCUCGUAUCUGCGCGACUUCCUGGUGGAUCCCAGCCCCAUUCUGGGCAAGCUGCAUGCCCACGCCAUGCAGACGCUGGCCCAGCAGAAGAAGGAGAAGGAGCUGACGCCGUUCAAGAUUGUGGUACAGCAUUCGGACUCGCGGGCUGUCGUCGAUAUCUUUGGGGAGAAUGGCGCCGGCAAGACGCCAAACAGCAGCGGUCCCGGCGGCGGCACAGGCCGGAGUGGCCAUGCCGCCUUCGAGGCCCUGCGGGAUGCCGCCAUAGAGAAUUUGUCCAUUGCCCUGAGAGCGGCCCAUACCCUGGACCAGUUCUGUGUCCCGGCGCUGGUGGCCAAUGUAUCCAAUCGCCUGUUUACCGCCGAGAAGUCAGAGAGCGAAUCGAACCUGGUGAGCCUAAACAUCAUCGUGAUGCUGGGCCACGUGGCUGUGGCGCUGAAGGACACCUCGAAGACGACCCAGAACAUCCUGCAGUUCUUCAUCCAGCGCUUCUGCAAGGUGCCCUCAGAGCAGAACGCCCUGAUCGUCGACCAGCUGGGCUGCAUGAUCAUCUCGCAGUGCGAGACGCAUGUCUUUGACGAGAUUAUGAAGAUGUUCUCUCGCGUGACCGUACAGUCGGCCUCGCUGGCAUACACCUCGGACCCGGAGCACCGGAAACAGUUCCACCAUGUCUCCGAUGCGGUGGUGAAUGCUUUGGGCAAUAUCGCGGCCAACAUCCAGGGCGACGCUGAGAUGCUGGAGCUGCUGGGCAAACUGCUAGAGCUGUUCGUCCAGAUCGGUUUGGAUGGCGAGCGCAGCUACGACAACACACCGGGCGCCCAGAAGGCCAGCUCCCGGGCAGGUAAUCUGGGCAUGUUGAUACCGGUGAUUGCGGUACUGGUGCGCCGCCUUCCGCCGAUCAAGAAUCCCCGCCAGCGCCUGCACAAGCUCUUCAAGGACUUUUGGGCCUACUGUGUUGUUAUGGGCUUCACCAAUGCCCGCCUGUGGCCCGCCGAUUGGUAUCAGGGUGUCCAGCAGAUAGCUGCCAAGUCGCCGCUCCUUAUCUCGCAAACCGCCCACAAGUCAGACAUGCGGGAACUCAACUACACGCUGGCCAUCAAGAGCGACUCGGUGAACGAGCUGCGCAGCCAAAUCCUUGUGCUGCUCGAGCACUCCACGGACAAUGUGGCCACGGCCAUCAACAAGCUGACCUUUGCCCAGUGCACCUACCUCUUGAGCGUCUACUGGCUGGAGAUGCUGCGCGUGGAGAACGCGGACGAGCCGAGUCUGGAGCCGAUCAUGAGCUAUCUCUGCGACACGGCCCUGCAGCGGGACAAGACGGGCAUCUGGCAGUGUGUCAAGUGCGUGGCCGACCAGGUCUUUGAAAAGUUCCGCAAUGUGCUGUAUGCCCACGACGAGAUCCGGGAGAAGGUGCUGGAGUCGCAGGCGACGCUGCUGCUGGUCUACUUCAAUCACAUCCACAAGCCCAUCCAGGUGGUGGCCGAUCAGUAUCUGUCGUUUUUGGUGGACCGGUUCCCCCACCUGCUGUGGAACCGGCGCGUCCUCUGGUGCAUGCUGGACAUCCUCCAGCUGCUGGCCUACUCCCUCAGCCUGGACCCUAACGAGGAGACGCCAACGCUGCGGGUGGUCUCCACACCAUAUACCCUGCAGCUGAUGGACUCGCUGCCGGCGCGGGAGCUGCGCCUGAAGGACUUUGCCGACCGGUGCCAGGGCAUCGUCAACGAGGCUAUGAAGUGGGCGCCCAGAUCGACGCGGUCGCAUCUGCAGGAGUAUCCCAACCAGAUACCCACGCCCGUGCUGGCCCACCACAGCGGUUUGGCGCUGGCCUUCGACUCGGUGGUCAGCAGCAGCAGCAGCGCCAUGCACCCCGGCUCGGUUGUGGGGACGCUGAGCAAGCGGCCCAGCUGCGUCAACUCGGACACGCCGCGUUUUGUGUCUGUGCUCUGCUUGCGCAGCAAGUACGCCGGCGAGAUCAGCGGACUGCUUUCGGUGCUCAGCGAGCGGGACAAGGCCGGCCUGGCCGACCGGCUGGUCAGCGACGUGUGGGAGGCGUGCUCGGAGAAGAGCGAUGCCCGGCAUCGCGGCGCCUUAUGGCGGGCCACCGCCUACCUGAUCAUCUGCUCGGAGAUUGACCGGAAGCUGCUGCACGCGGUGGCCAGCUCGCAGCUGGAGCUGUUCACCGAAUCGGCCAUGGAGACGGCGGUGGAGUGCUGGCAGUGGGUGCUGACGGCGCGCCAGGAUCUGGAGCUGUGCUUCAUCCAGGAGAUGGUCAGCGCCUGGCAGACGACAUUCGAGAAGCGGAUGGGCCUGUUCGCUUGGGAGACGGAAGUCACCCAUCCACUGGCCGCCUACGAGGGCUGCCGGCUCGUGUGCAAGCCGAUCCUGAUUGCUCCGCAUCUGAUCUGGCUGCAGCUUCUCUCCGAGAUGGUGGACACGGCCAAGUACUGCAACCGCGACAAGGUGGAGAUGUUCUGCCUGCUGCUCCAUCGCUGUCUUCCCAUCCUGAAGAGCAGCAAGCAGAACCGCCAGGUCUCCACCGUCGGCUGCCGGUUCAAGCUACUGCAGUGCGGCCUGUCGCUGCUGCAGGGCAACACCAUACCCAAGUCUUUGGCGCGGAAUAUCCUCCGCGAGCGGAUCUACUCGAACGCUUUGGACUAUUUCUGCGGUCCACCCACGUGCCCCAACCAGAGCCGGGAGCAGCUGCUCGAGGACAUUUUGAUCCUGCUCAAGUUCUGGCAGACGAUGCGCAGCGAGAAGAAGCACCUGGUCACCUCCGAGGUGGGCGACUAUGAUCUGACCAAUGCCUCCGUCAGUUCCACUCAAAUGCUGGCCGUGCGGGCCAACCCGGAGACGGCAUCCCUGAUCAGCGGCGGCGGGGGCAUGGCCUCGGACUAUGGACGAUCCAUGAGCACCAGCGGCAAUGCCAUGGGCAUGGGCAUGGGCGGCACAGGCGGCGGUAGCAACAGCGGCUGGUACAACACGAUUCCGCACUCGACGUCGACGCUGUCGAAGCGCUCGAAUCGCUCCAAGCGGCUUCAGUACCAGAAGGACUCGUACGACAAGGACUACAUGAAGAAGCGCAACCUGAUCCUCGAGCUGCUGGCCGUGGAGCUGGAGUUUCUCAUCACGUGGUACAAUCCCAACAGCCUUCCAGACCUCACAGUGCCCGGCGAGGAACAGAUCACCGAGUGGCGCACCCGACCGUACAAGCCUAAUGUUUGGCGGGACUAUGCCCGCCUCGCCUGGUGCUACAACCCCGCUUUGGCCGUCUUCCUGCCGCAGCGCAUCAAGAACGCUGAAAUCAUUGACGAGGAGGUCUCCCGCCUGGUCUGCUCCGAUCCCAUUGCCGUCUGCCACAUUCCGGAGGCACUCAAGUACCUGUGCACCACCAAGAACCUGCUGCAGGAGAGUCCCGAUCUGGUGUACAUACUCUCCUGGUCGCCGGUCACUCCCAUCCAGGCGCUGGCCUACUUCUCGCGCCAAUAUCCCUCGCAUCCGCUUACAGCUCAGUAUGCCGUAAAGACGCUAUCCUCGUAUCCGGCCGAGUCGGUCCUGCCCUACAUACCGCAGCUGGUGCAGGCGCUCCGGCACGACACCAUGGGCUAUGUGGUGGAGUUCAUCAAGAACAUAUCGCGGCGAUCGCAGAUAGUGGCCCACCAGCUGAUCUGGAACAUGCAGACGAACAUGUACAUGGACGAGGACCAGCAGCACAGGGACCCCAAUCUGUACGAGGCAUUGGAUCAGCUGUCGCAGAGCAUCAUUGCCUCCUUUUCGGGCGCCGCCAAGCGAUUCUACGAGCGGGAGUUUGAUUUCUUUGGCAAGAUCACGGCCGUUUCCGGGGAGAUCCGUUCCUUCCCCAAGGGCAUCGAGCGGAAGAAUGCCUGUUUGGCGGCGCUCAGCCGGAUUAAGGUCCAGGGUGGAUGCUAUCUACCCUCCAAUCCGGAGGCCAUGGUCCUGGACAUUGACUAUGGCAGCGGCACGCCCAUGCAGAGUGCGGCCAAGGCGCCGUAUCUGGCCCGUUUUCGGGUAUAUCGCUGUGGCAUUACCGAGCUGGAGACGCGAGCUAUGGAGGUUUCCAAUAACCCGAACUCCCAGGAGGAUGCCAAGAUGACCCUGGGCGUGGAGUCGUGGCAGGCGGCCAUCUUUAAGGUGGGCGACGAUGUGCGUCAGGAUAUGCUGGCCCUGCAGGUUAUCACCAUUUUCAAGAACAUCUUCCAGCAGGUGGGACUCGACCUGUUCCUGUUCCCCUAUCGCGUGGUGGCCACCGCCCCGGGUUGCGGCGUCAUCGAGUGCGUGCCGAAUGCCAAGUCGCGGGACCAGCUUGGCCGGCAGACGGACAGCGGCCUGUCCGAGUAUUUCCAGCAUCAGUAUGGGGACGAGAGCUCCAAGGAGUUCCAGGCGGCGCGGGCGAACUUUGUCAAGUCGAUGGCUGCCUACUCGCUGAUUGGCUACCUGUUGCAGAUCAAGGAUCGCCACAACGGCAACAUAAUGAUCGACAAGGAUGGCCACAUCAUACACAUAGAUUUUGGCUUUAUGUUCGAGUCAUCGCCCGGCGGCAACAUCGGCUUCGAGCCGGACAUGAAGCUCACCGACGAAAUGGUCAUGAUCAUGGGCGGCAAAAUGGACUCGCCGGCCUUCAAAUGGUUCUGCGAGCUAUGCGUCCAGGCCUUCCUCGCCGUCCGGCCAUAUCAGGACGCUAUUGUGUCGCUCGUAUCGCUGAUGCUGGACACCGGGCUGCCGUGUUUCCGUGGCCAGACGAUUAAUCUGCUGAAGCAGCGCUUUGUGGCCACCAAGAAUAACAAGGAGGCGGCUGCCCACAUGCUCUCCGUCAUCCGCAACUCGUACCAGAACUUCCGCACGCGUACCUACGACAUGAUCCAGUACUACCAGAACCAGAUCCCCUACUAGGAGUCAUCCGCCUCUUGUUCGCUCGUUGUUUGUUCGUUGUUUGGCCAAAGGGAAACCCCAUACCAAUUCCAAUUCCAAUUCCAAGUCCAAGUCCAAGUCCCAUCCCAAUCCUCCUUACACCGUAUUAUUCUUUCACCUUGUAUUUUCAACCGUAUUUUCAGGUAUUUUGCUAUUGUCUCCUUGUUUGUUUCCGCGUACUUGUAAGAUGUUGAACUUUACCAGGAUUUUACGCCACAUACAUGCGUUAUUAUACAAUAUUUAUAAAUAUUAAAUCAAUUAUAGGGCAAUAUGUUAUACAGUGGUAAAAAAAAACCGA